AUGAAUCUCCUCGCUCAGGUGAGCAGCUCCAGGCAGGCAGUGACUGGGGCAGUGACCACGGCAGGGUUCUUCCUCUGCGAGGGGCUGCUGGGACAACACUUCAGCAUGGUCCCCAACGGGGUGGCUGAGCCCCAGCCUGGGGACCUCUUCCUCUUCCCGCUGGCCUCCGGGGGCCCUGGCUGGUGGGGUUCCCACGCUGGCAUCUACUGUGGUGAUGGGGAGAUCAUCCACCUGGAAGGCAUCGUGGCUAAGCAUGGCAAGAGCCACCUCCUGCGGACACGGGGCCCGGCCAAGGUGCUCCGGAGGAAGGGAGGGCUGGACGUGGCUGCCCUGCAGCGGCGGAUCCAGGCAGCCAUGGACCAGUCAGUGGAGUACAACAUCAUCACCUGCAACUGCAUCCACUUUGCCCUUGCCCUCCUGGGGCUGGGCCACCUUGCUGGUGCCAUGGUUUUCAUGAUUCUGGACUGGUACGUGUGCGGCUGCGAGCUCGGUGACAGCCCCCGUAUGACAGCGAUGUCCCCAGCACUGCUCCUCCUAAAAUCAGCCGUGUCCCGCUCGCAGAUGCAGGUGCGGGGACCCUGGCGGGGCUCCCCCGCGGUCGCGCUCCCGAUGGCGGCGGGGGUCGAUGCAGCCGGGCGCUGUUCCCAGGCGCUGUUCUCGGGCCGGGCCCGUCCCCGCCCGCGCUGA